AUGAUGAAAUAUAAAGAUAUAGUACCAAUUGGUACAGUAUUAAUCACAUCAGCAACAUCAUUUGGAUUAGGAAUAAUAUAUAGUAAUUGGCCAUAUGAUUUAAAUACAUUAUGGAAAUAUGGAGACUCAAAUGAUUUAAAUAAAUCUUUAAUACAUUAUCAAACUUGGGGAAAUUCACCAAUGUAUAUUCAUUAUACAUUACAUGUUGUUGCAUUUUUAGGAUUAAUUGGUCAUUUUAUAAAAUUAUAUAAACCAGAUGAAGAUGCAAAAUAUUUUGAAUAUGGUUCCCUUGGUUUAUUUAUGAUUAGUAUUAUAAUAUAUUUAACAAAUUUAAGAACUGGUGUAAAUCUGUGUAUAACUGGUGAAUGGGGAGAUGUUGAUUUUGCUACUGGUAUAAAUGUUAUGGCUGCUUCACAAAUUAUGAUAUUAUUAGCUUUAGUUGGAGUAUUAGUUUUACAAGGUGGUUUAUAUUAUGCUCAAUGGUAUGAUGAAAAAUUAAAAUUAGAAUUUUAUGAAAAUGAAGCUAAAGAAGCUGCUUUAGCUGCUGAAAAACAAGCUAAGGAUGAAGUUAUUGCUAGUGAAACUGCUAAAGUUGGACCUGGUUCUGAAUCUGAAAUUAUUGAUGUUGAUGUUGAAAAUGAAGGUUCUACAGGAACUAAAAAUAAGAAAAAAUCAAUAAAGAAAAGAAAAUCAUAG